CGUCCUAUGUCAGCACGAAGGAUUUGUGAAAGGGUGUAGUCCCACAGGGAAGCCUACACUAAGUACCAUGCCAGCAAAACCAGCGCCCAUCAAGAAGUCCCCCGCCAAGAAGGCGGCGGCAAAGGAGGAAAAACCCGCGGAGCCUGCGCCUGAAGCUCCCCCUGCCGAGGCAGCACCACCGGCGGAAGCUGCCCCCGCAGAGGCUGCUCCUGCAGAAGCUGCACCGGCGGAGGCUGCUCCUGCCCCUGUCGAAGGAGAGGCUGCACCGGCUGCAGAACCUGCAGCUGAUGCUGCCCCCGCUCCUGCUGCUGAAGAAGCUGCGCCUGCCGAGGCUCCUGCUGCUGACGCUGCUCCUCCUGCCACGGACGAGACUGCUGCUCCCAAGGCCGAAGCACCUGCAGCGGCUCCCGCUGCUGAAGAGCCUGCUGCUGAAGCUGACGCCCCAGCCGAGGCUGCCGCCGCUCCUGCUGAAGAGGCCGCUGCUCCUGCCCCUGCUGAAGGAGAUGCCCCGGCCGAGGCUGCUGCUGCUCCCGCUGCUGAAGAAGGCGCUGCUCCUGCAGCUGAGGCCCCCGCGGCCGAGGCCCCCGCCGAGGCUGCUGCUGCUCCCGCUGAACCUGCUGCUGAAGAAGGCGCUGCUCCUGCAGCUGAGGCCCCCGCGGCCGAGGCCCCCGCCGAGGCUCCCACUGAAGAUGCUGCGGCCGCUCCUGCUGAGGCACCUGCUGAGGCUGCUCCUGCUGAGGCUGCACCAGUGGAGGAGCCCCCCAAACCUCCUACUCCUCCUCCUCCCCCAGAGCCCACCAGUGCUCCACUGAAUCUGACCGUGGAGGAUGUCAACGCUACCUCUGUUACCCUCAAAUGGCAGCAGCCUGAGACCAUCGGUGACUCUGGCCUGGACGGAUACACAGUGGAGUACUGCAAAGAGGGAGCCGCUGAAUGGGUUGUGGCCAAUGCUGAGCUCACCGUGGCAACCAAACUAGUUGUUGCAGGCUUGACAACUGGGGAUGUCCUGAAUAUGCGUGUGGUUGCUGUGAACCCUGGAGGUCGCAGUGAACCUGCUGUCUUGGCUGAGGCUGUUCCUGUUCGUGAUCUUGUGGAGCGCCCUAAGGUCCGCCUUCCACGCUCUCUAAGAACAAGAUAUGUCAGAAAAGUGGGUGCGCAGAUCAACCUUGUCAUCCCUUUCCUUGGAAAGCCCAAACCUGUGGUCUCCUGGACCAAGGAUGGCGAGCCUCUUGACACCAAGAGAGUAGGCAUUCGCAAUAGUGACAGAGACAGCAUCCUGUUCAUCCGUACAUCUGAGAGAGAAGACUCAGGCGUCUAUGAGAUUACUGUGAAGAUUGACAGCUUUCUUGAUAAAGCUUCCCUAACCCUUCAGAUUGUGGACUUGCCUGGUCCUCCUACCAGUGUCAAGCUUGUGGACACAUGGGGCUUCAAUGCUGCCCUGGAGUGGACUCCACCCAAAGACAGCGGCAACACAGAAAUCACUGGCUACAAUGUCCAGAAGGCUGACAAGAAAACUGGGGAAUGGUUCACCGUACUGGAGAACUACCACAGGCUAAAUGCCACCAUCUCCGACCUCAUCAUGGGUAACUCCUACAACUUCCGCGUGUUCUCCGUGAACAAAGUUGGCGUUAGCGAGAAGUCCGUGACAACAAAAGAGGUAGCCACCAUUCAGAAAACAGUUCCGACUGAGGUUGUGCCUUGCCGCGCAGGUAUCGUCUACACGCCUCCAGAGUACCAGGAGCAUGAUUUCAGCGAGGUUCCCAAGUUCACCGCACCCCUCAUCGACAGAGCCGCCACUGUGGGCUACACCACCAAACUGCUGUGUGCCGUGCGUGGAUGUCCCAAGCCCAAGAUCGAGUGGUUGAAGAACCAGAUGGUCAUCGGUGAUGAUCCCAAGUAUAGACAGUUGAGCAACCUGGGAGUGUGUUCUCUGGAGAUCCGCAAGCCUUGCAGCUUUGAUGGCGGAGUGUACACCUGCAGGGCCAAGAACGAUAAUGGGGUGGCCACCGUCUCGUGCAAACUGGAGGUCAAACAGGUCAUUAUUCCAGAGAAGUAGACCCCAUCACUACCAGGAAGAUAGAGUGUGUCAGUAGGAUCAGCAGGAGAGCCUUUACUCCAGAAUCCACAUGAAUGUUCCAGUUUGCAGUUGAGAGAAGAGGAAAGGUCUGUAUAUAUAGAGGAAGAAGCCCUGAAGAGACCCCAACUACCUUGAAUAGUUUUUAUUUUUUAAUUUGCCUUCCAUUGCAGAAGUCGCUCCUCACUGCUGUUAGCAUGCUAAUGUUGGACAUAUGAAAGCUAAACUGCGCAGCAACAUCUCUUUUGCUUAAGGCCCAAAGGAGCCAUCUAUUUCUAAACAUCUGUUUGUGUUUCCUGACUGUCCUUUAUUUGUCAUUAUCAGUGUAUCAGUGUCAAAUAAAUUGACUGAAUCAAUGACUAUUUGCUUUGCAAAUGUAUAUGAAAAUGCAUGGAUGUUGUUCAUUAAAGUGUAUCUUAUGACUGUCA